AAUGCUGGGCAGUGAGUUGGCACAGACGAGUGAAAGAUCGACAGAGCUCACACACUUCACAGCAGAGAUGAAUUUUUUCUUUUGUGUUUUCUUCCUGGUGGCCACUUAUGGACUGUCUGAGGGUAUAAUAAGAGAAUAUAGUUACCAAGAAGAUCCUCAAGGUGUCUAUUGGGAUACUGCUCAAAGUCAUUGCAGAAAUUACUUCAAAGAUCUGGCUACUAUCACUAAUACCGAAGAACACCAGAGGCUUGUUGGAACAAACAGUGGCAGUGAUGCAGGUUGGAUUGGGUGGAACAAAAAGGACAUGAGCUCCUGGAAAUGGUCUGAUGAACAACCAGUUUCUUUCUUAAAAUGGAAAUUAGGUUGGCCUGAUUUGUGGGAUUGGAAGAAAAAAUGUGUUGCUCUGAAAGAUGGAUACUUGUUUAAUGACGAAUGUGACCAGAAAUAUAAUUUCUACUGCUACAGAUAUUUGAUUUUGGUGAAAGAAUCUAAGACAUGGGAAGAGGCUCUUGAGCACUGUGCCACUCACUACACUAGGUUGGCCUCUCUGGCCAACGUGCCACAGCAGCAGCAGGCAAAUUUGGAGCUCAUGUUGUCCCAGACAGAGACUGUGUGGGUCGGGCUGCGUUUCAUGGACGGGCAAUGGUUCUGGCUGAGCAAAGAUCCGGUAGGGUCACUGGAUUCUUUGCCAUCUUGUCCAGCUCAACCUUAUCAUUGUGGAGCGAUCAACAUAACAACAAAUUCCUGGGAAAACCGAGACUGCAACGAGAAGCUGAAUUUCCUCUGUCACUGGGGCUAAUUUUCCAAAGUUGGAUCCUCUUUCCGGAAGAACACAUGAUAUAUUUAUGGCACAAUAAUAUAUAGCAUUAAUUAGCUGUAGAGUGUGCUUGACUUGUUAUUAUAGGUAACCUUUAUUAUAGCUAUCAAUUUUAGACACCUCUAUAUUACUGAAACUAUAUAGUAAAUGGAAGAAUACAUUUAUUUGCUGGUGGAGGGUUGUGUAUUAAAAUGUAAUAUACAAUAAUAUAAAUGUAAAAUGCAAUAAUGAAGAAUAGCAUGAUUUUAAAGUCAAGGUUAUAUCGUCUGAGAUAUAACUGUUAGUGUCAACCAUCUGAGUAGAUUUGCUUUUGACGUUCAUUUUCUGUAGCCAAUAAGUACUAUUUGUAUUAGACAGAAAAUUGGACAAAUACUGUAAAUGAUGCGUAUUGUAAUCAUUA